CCCAAUGAGGGAGCGGGGAGGGCCGGGUGGAGGCGCUGAGGGGCCCGCCGGUUGUCUCCCCCUCCCUGUCUCGCUCGCUUUCUCGCGGUGUUUGAGGGGAGGGCUCCGCCCCCCCCGCUCUUCCCUCCCCCGCAGCAUCCUUCUUCCGAAGAGGGAACAUGGAGGCGGCCCGGACAGGCCACCUGUUCCAGCACGUAGUUGAAACACUGAGUGACAAUGCAGACAAAAAGUUCUACAACAUUGCUAAACUAGGAGGCACCAAAUAUGAUAUCCUGCCUUAUACCAUACGGGUCAUGUUGGAAACGGCUGUCCGCAACUGCGAUGGUUUCCUAGUGAAAGAAGGCGACGUUAUGAAUAUUCUGGACUGGCAAGCCAAACAGAACAACGUUGAAGUGCCCUUCUGUCCUGCCAGAGUCCUUCUCCAAGAUUUCACUGGAAUUCCUGCAAUGGUAGAUUUUGCUGCCAUGAGGGAAGCUGUGAAGAACCUUGGAGGAGACCCUGCACAGGUCCAUCCCGCCUGCCCAACAGAUCUUACUGUGGACCAUUCUUUGCAGAUUGACUUCAGUAAAUGUGCAAUACAGAACACUCCCAAUCCUGGAGGUGGUGAUCCCCCACGACCCCCUUCCUCAAAACUCUCUCCGCUUAAAGCUCCUCGAAAGCUCCCAUGCCGAGACCAGUCCAGCUGCAAAGGACCAUGCGAUGGAGAAUCAAAGCGGAACUCGGGGCCGUUUUCUGUGCAGAUUGAGAACACCCCCCUGCUGUGUCCUUUUCAUCUUCAACCAGUGCCUGAGCCUGAAACAGUAUUAAAGAAUCAAGAGAUGGAAUUUGGAAGAAAUAAAGAGAGACUCCAGUUUUUUAAGUGGGGUUCCAAAGUUUUCAGAAAUGUCUCAGUAAUUCCUCCCGGAACAGGAAUGGCCCAUCAGAUGAAUCUGGAAUACCUGUCAAGAGUAGUAUUUGAUGUCAAAGACUUUCUCUAUCCUGACAGUGUUAUUGGCACAGAUUCUCAUACAACCAUGGUGAAUGGCUUGGGAAUCUUGGGGUGGGGUAUGGGUGGAAUCGAAACAGAAGCAGUCAUGCUGGGGCUACCUGUCACCCUCACUUUGCCCGAGGUGGUUGGGUGUGAACUGACUGGGUCGGCCAGCUCGCUCGCUACAUCAAUAGAUGUAGUCCUAAGCAUUACAAAGCAACUAAGGCAAGCAGGAGUAUCUGGAAAAUUUGUGGAGUUCUUUGGCCCUGGAGUUUCCCAUCUUUCCAUUGGGGACCGAACCACCAUCGCAAACAUGUGUCCAGAAUAUGGUGCUAUUCUGAGCUUUUUCCCUGUAGAUGAUGUAACGUUAAAGCACUUAAAGCAUACAGGCUUCGAUGACACCAAACUUAAGUCUAUGGAGGCAUAUCUUAAAACUGUGAAACUGUUUAGAAAUUACCAGUAUUCUGCUAAAGAACCUGAAUAUUCCCAGAUCAUACAUAUAAACCUGGGUUCUAUCACACCGUAUGUAAGUGGUCCCAAAAGGGCCCAGGAUAGAGUGGCUGUAACAAACAUGAAGAGUGACUUUCAAGCAUGCUUAAGUGAAAAGGUUGGCUUCAGAGGCUUUCAGAUUCCUGCUGAAAAGCAGCACGAUGUAAUUCCUGUUGAAUAUGAAGGAAACGAGUACAAAUUGGCUCACGGAUCAGUCGUCAUUGCUGCUGUCAUCAGCUGUACGAACAACUGCAAUCCCUCUGCAAUGCUAGGAGCAGGUUUAUUGGCUAAAAAAGCCACUGAAGCUGGUCUGACUGUUAAACCUUACAUAAGAACGAGCCUGUCGCCUGGGAGUGGAACGGUCACGCACUAUCUCAGUUCCAGCGGUGUAUUACCGUACCUCAAUAAACUUGGGUUUGAGGUCAUUGGUUAUGGCUGUUCCACGUGUGUUGGGAAUACUGCACCUUUGCCAGAAGCCAUUCAGAAUGCGAUUAUACAGGGCGACUUGGUGGCCUGUGGCGUUGUGUCUGGAAACAAAAACUUUGAAGGCCGACUCUGCAGCUGUAUCCGUGCCAACUACCUGGCUUCUCCCUCCCUUGUUGUCGCUUAUGCUAUUGCAGGAACUGUGAAUAUUGAUUUCCAGACUGAGCCACUAGGGGUUAAUCCUGAUGGCAGAAAUAUCUUCCUGCAUGAUAUUUGGCCUUCUCGGGAAGAACUUCAGCAAAUAGAGGAGGAAUUUGUAAUAUCAUCCAUGUUUAAAGAAUUGAAAAUAAAAAUGGAGAAAGGAAAUAAGCGUUGGAACUCUCUGGAGGCACCUGAAUCAACUUUAUUUACCUGGGAUUCAAAGUCUACUUACAUCCGAUGUCCUUCAUUUUUUGAUAAGCUGGCCAAAGACCCGCUUCCUCCCCAGUCCAUUGAAAAUGCACACGUCUUGCUGCAUUUGGGAGACUCUGUCACAACUGAUCAUAUCUCACCUGCAGGAAGCAUUGCGAGGGGAAGUGCUGCAGCGAGAUAUUUGAUAAAUAAGGGCCUCACACCCCGCGAGUUCAACUCGUAUGGGGCUCGCCGGGGGAACGAUGCUGUGAUGACCAGAGGCACCUUUGCAAACAUCAAGCUUUUAAAUAAAUUCAUUGGCAAGCCAGCUCCUAAAACAAUCCACUUCCCCACAGGACAGACGCUGGAUGUAUUUGAUGCAGCUGAGUUAUAUCGGAAAGAAAGUAUCCCCCUGAUUAUCUUAGCAGGCAAGAAAUAUGGAUUGGGGAGCUCAAGAGACUGGGCUGCCAAAGGACCUUUUUUACUGGGAGUGAAAGCAGUGAUUGCAGAAAGCUAUGAGAAGAUCCAUAAAGGUCAUUUGAUUGGAAUGGGCAUUGCACCACUUCAGUUUCUCCCUGGGGACAGUGCACAGUCUUUGGGCCUAACUGGCAAAGAACAGUUUUCUAUCUUCUUCCCUCAAGAGUUAUCGCCCGGAAUCACCCUGUGUGUGAAGACGAGUACAGGAAAAGUGUUCCACGUGGCUGCCUCAUUUGACAGUGAUGUAGAAAUAACCUUGUACAAGCACGGCGGUGUCCUGAACUAUGUGGUUCGAAGGCUGUUGUAAAGCCCCAUCGACACCUCAGAGGACUGCAGACCCACCCAACCUCCUGAUGGCUUGCUGAAGCCUUCCUCUCCUUUUGGAACUGCUGACAGCCCCAUUGUGCUCAGAUACUUUGUCCAUGGAUGUAAAAGAUUGUGAAAUUGUUGUAGUAACUGCAGCAAGGCCCUUCUGGAUUUUAAAAUACUCGAAUGGUGCUAUUGACAUUGCUAGACGUUGAUGUGUGUGUUGUGAAAAGAGAUCUGUAAGUAUGAGGGAAGGGGGGUUAUCUUAGACCAUUUUGUAUAUAAAUUAUGUGAAAACCUGAAACUGAAUUGUGAAGAUUUUAAGCCAGAUUUCCUGCUGUUCUUUCCCCUCUUAAUUUUUUGCACCUUUUAACUUUCUACUGCUGUUUAUUGGUUUGAGCAUAGCACAUGGCUUAAGGAUGUAUGAUUUCCUUCUUUUAAAAUUCAGAAGAUCCAAGAUUCUGACAAUGAACCCCAAAAACACCCGCAGAUCCAGAUUACUGUAUCAGCCAUCCACUAGAAAGUUUAAGGGAGGCUGACCUAGUUAAUAAUAGUCUUUUAUCAGCCUUCCCCUACUUGGUGCCUUCCAGAAAAGUGGGAGAGUUCUCAGAACUCUCAGCAGUGGCCUCAUUGGGUGGAGAUUUCUGGGAAUCAGUCCACACGCUGAAGGGGGUACUCUCAGAGCAGAAAUCUGCUCCGUGAAGAGAGACUUCCUUAUGAAAAGUUCCAAAACUGACAUUCAAUUGGGGGAAUUUGAAAUAGAAGCUUGCAGUGAUCCCUCUGGCUCCCUCGGUGACCUUUUGAUGAGUGGCUAUCAUGGAAUUGAAUUGGAUGGUUUUGUCUCUUGCUUCAACAGCAUCAGCCUUCUUUCCUCAGCUGGCCUUUGGCUGUUAACAGGUAUUGAGCAGUAUUGUCUGCCCAUCAGAAGAACAGGGAAGAGUUUUCAUUUUUUUCUCUUCAGUCUGUGCAGCGAACAAACCUGUUGGGUUUCAAAUGAGUAGUGUCCGAUUUUUCUUCCCAUUGUUCUGAUCUUUCCAAAAUGACUUUAUUUGUGAUGGCACGUGGCAGUGGCGUUAUUCUGAGGAGCAAUCUCUGAUUAAGAAUUCCAUACUUCCGCAGAUCUUUACAGUAAUUUUGAGUUUAUUACUACAGGAAUUUCUGUAGCAGAAAACAUCCUGAGCCCUAACUCACUAAAAAGUCUCUUCCACUUAUGUUGUUUAUAGAGCUGUUUUUUUUAAAGCAAACAGACUUCAUGUAAUAGAAUAAACACUCUAUUUCCAGUAAAUGGUAUGUCACUAAAAACAUCCAUGAAGCUCUGAAAGACAAUUUUUUAAUUUGGACACUUACUAGAUUCUUUUUUUGAGAAAUUAAAGAAGAAACGAUUAAAUGAUUAGAAAUACACUUUGCAGAGGCAGUGAUAAAAAUCUGUGGAACAUUUCUGCCCGGUCCUUUUGAACCUUAGAUGUUUUUCCAACAAGCUCUUUAAGCAAGUAUCAUAUACAUUUUUUUUUCUUGAAUCAAUAUUUUCUCUGCCAUAUCAGCUGUGCUGUAUGUUUGCCUACCUUAUUGUUUUCUUAUCAGUUCACUGACAUAGAUGGCUUUCUUUUAUUAUUCCAUUUGAAUGAACUGCUUGGAGUUCUGUCUUGAUCACAGAUGGCAAAAGAUAAUAAGGAUAUUUCACUCAUUUCUUUCAGCUUCAAGGCAUCUUCUCUACUGUUAGGUUAAGGACACUGUUCUCUGCUCCAAAGUAAAAUGCAUGCUCCUAGAAACCAGUGUGCCUUAUAGACACACCCCACAGUCCUCUAACUCAGGGUUCCUCAACCUUGGCCACUUUAAGACGGGUGGACUUCAACCCCCAGA